GGCAGCAGCAGGACACCCAGAAGCUGCUGCAGAAGGAGGAUGAGGACAGUGAGGUGGAUGGUGAUGACAAGCAGUGGGAGGCAGCGCUGCAUCCAAGGCCAGGGUCGGCAUUCUGCUGGGCUCAGCCCACAGUGGAGAUCCCGGAGCCUCCUGAGGAGGAGAAAGAAGAGGAAGAGGAGGCCCAGUGGUAUGAUGAGGACCCCAAUGGCAUCCACAACAUGAUGUCCUCCAUGGUGCGGGACCAAAUGCCGACCUUGAUCUGGACCACCCAUUACAACGCUGUGGACUACCGGCAGCUGCAGCGGGACCAGGUGGUGAACCACUUCGCCAGCAUCGGAGCCUUCACCACCAAGGAGGGGCUGUGUGUCAACCUCCAAAACCUGCCUUGGUUCCACCGAGUUGAUCCCACCACCUUCUUCCCACGGUGCUACCGGCUGUGGGCUGAGGACGAGCGUCAGGCCUUCAUUGAGGAUUUCCACCUGACAGCAGCACGCAGCCUGCUCAAACUGGCUGUGGAGAAGACUGGGGACAUGCCCAGGGUGACAGAGCAACCUGACAAGGGGGCAGGUCCAGCACUGCCAUCAGCCCCUGAGCUGCUGGAGGCCGCACUGAAGGUCUGCAGGAUGCAGCUGGACAGCCUGGAGCACCGCGACAUCGACUGGGACUCCCAGAUGCUCCACGUCACCGAUGCCGACUGGGAUCGCUUCCUGCGGGAGUACUACAGUGUGGUGAACAAGCAGGCCAGGCUGGCGCCCAGUGUCCCACAGCAGGAGCAGUGCAGGGCCCUGCUGCGGCAGCGGCCCCAGCUCGGCAUGGAGGGUGACCACAACCUUUGGAUCAUCAAGCCCGGAGCCAAGUCCUGCGGUAGAGGUGAAGCCGGGGAAAAGGGGGUUUGGGCACAGGCUCCCUGGCGAGCAGGGGUCUCACUGGCACCGUGUGUCCCUGCAGGCAUCACCUGCUCGGCACGGCUGGAGGAAGUGCUAGAGGUGGCGGGGAAAUGCACAGCGUCCGCGCUGCAGGUGGGACAGUGGGUGGUGCAGAAAUACGUGGAGCGGCCGCUGCUCAUCUUGGGCACCAAAUUCGACCUGCGGCAAUGGUUCCUGGUGACCGACUGGAACCCGCUCACCGUCUGGUUCUACCGCGACAGCUACGUGCGCUUCUGCUCCCGGCCCUUCUCCCUGCACUGCCUGCAACGCCACCAGUUCCAGCUCUACCUGCAGCGAGCGGGGCAUGCGGAGGCCUGGGAGAAGGUGAUUGUCCCUGGCAUGAAGCAGGCGGUGGUGGCUGCCCUGCACAGUGCCCAGGGGCUGGUGGCGUCCCGCAAGGGCAGCUUCGAGCUCUAUGGAGCCGACUUCAUGUUCGGGGAGGAUUGCCAGCCCUGGCUGCUGGAGAUCAACACCAACCCAUCCAUGGAGCCCUGCUCGGCAGUGACCCGACGGCUCUGCGCCGCCGUCCAGCGCGACACGCUGCGCGUGGUCCUGGACCACAACAAGCUGGACCACAAGAAGAACCCCCGCUGCUCCACCGGUGCCUUUGACCUCAUCUACAAAGAGCAUCCUACGUUCCAUAAGCCUCCUGUUGUGCCCAAGCAUCCUACGUUCCAUAAGCCUCCUCUGUUCCCCAUGCCCCCUGUGCUGCCUAGGCCUCCUGUGAUGCCCAAGCCUCGUGUGUUCUCCAAGCCAUAUAUGGACACCAAGCCUCCAGUGGCAUCCAAGCUUCCAGUGGUCUCCAAGCCACUUAUGGACACCAAGCCUCCAGUGAUGCCCAAGCCUCCUGUGGUGUUCAAGCCUCCAGUGGUCUCCAAGCCACUUAUGAACACCAAGCCUCCAGUGGUGUCCAAGCCACUUAUGGACUCCAAUUCUCCAGUGGCACCCAAGCCUUCUGUGGUGCCUAAGUCCUCUGUUGUGGCCAAGCUGAGGUGCAGAACAUUGCAGGUCCCACAGGCUGGAGCGGCACAGGUCAAGCUGGCUCCUCCAGGGCAGUUGCGCUCUUUCUUCUCCUUUGGACCUGUCCCCCAGGCAUCACCACAGCCAAAGCCCCUGCUCUAG